AUGGCCUUCAAAACCCUCCUCGUAUCUGUUCUCGCCGCGCUCCAGGUCGCCAAUGGCGCGCUCAUUCGUCGUGCAACCUGCUCGGACGGCACCGUAGUCUCUGACAGUGCUUGCUGUGCAUUGAUCCCAGUUAUUCAGGACCUUCAGGAGAACCUAUUCGACGGUGGCGAGUGCGGCGAGGAGGUCCACGAGUCCCUCCGUCUCACCUUCCACGAUGCCAUUGGUAUAUCGCCCGCCAUCGCCGCCACGGGCGUGUUCGGAGGUGGAGGCGCUGACGGUUCGAUUGCCCUCUUCGACGACAUCGAGACCAACUUCCACGCCAACAACGGUGUCGACGAGAUCAUCGGCGAGCAAAAGCCUCUCAUCGCGAAGCACAACAUCACCACCGCCGACUUCAUCCAAUUGGCGGGUGCGAUCGGUGUCUCGAACUGCCCCGGCGCUCCUCAACUGAACGUCUUCAUCGGCCGUCCCGACGCGACCCAGCCUGCGCCUGACAAGACCGUCCCGGAGCCGUUCGACACCGUCGACAGCAUCCUCGCCCGCUUCCAGGACGCCUUCUCGACAGUCGGCGGCUUCACCCCCGCCGAAGUCGUCGCCCUUCUCGCGUCCCACACCAUCGCCGCCGCCGACCACGUCGACCCGUCCAUCCCCGGCACGCCCUUCGACUCCACCCCCGAGCUCUUCGACACCCAGUUCUUCAUCGAGACCCAGAUCCGCGGCACGAUCUUCCCCGGCACGGGGGGCAACCAAGGCGAGGUCGAGUCCCCGCUGCACGGCGAGCUGCGCCUGCAGUCGGACUCGGAGCUCGCGCGCGACUCGCGCACCGCGUGCGAGUGGCAGUCGUUCGUCGGCAACCAGGCGAAGCUCCAGUCCGCGUUCAAGGCCGCCUUCCGCCGGAUGUCCGUGCUCGGCCACGACGAGAGCGCGCUCAUCGACUGCUCCGAGCUCGUCCCCGUCCCCCCGGCCCCCGCCUCCGUCGCGCACCUGCCCGCGGGCGUGACGCACAACGACAUCGAGCAGGCGUGCGCCUCCACUCCCUUCCCCACUCUCCCCACUGACCCCGGCCCGGUCACCUCUGUCGCCCCUGUGUGA